UUAUUAUAUUCCGUUUGGCCGUAUAAAUUAGCAUCAAACGCAACCACUCUUCAAACUUCAAAGCCCUCCUUUGCCUCUCUCUCUUCGCUUAUUGUUGCACCUUCCUCGUAAAAGAUAACUCCCGGUCGGCGUGCAUAGCCGCCGAUUGAGGCAAAAAAAAAACACAAAACACACUGUAGCUCAUCACAGCCAAACGCGGCGUCAACGAUGACGAGCUUCUGAAAUUCCAACUUCGCCCUUCUUCUCUGUGUAUAUUCUUUUUUAUUUAUUUAUUAUUAUUUCUAUUAUUUUUUCGGUGAGGUUAGCUCCAUGCCUAGUCCCAAGAGCAGCCGCAGCGGCCAGAUCGAGAGUCACCGGAGGGGAAGGUCGUCGUCCUUCCACGGCCAGUGCGCGAUGUCUGUCGGUCAGCUCCACCGUCCGAAGACGGUUUCCGACCUCCCGUCGCUCAGAAGCCUCGCCGGAACGGCGCCGGCGCCUAUGCCGGAGGGAUUGCCUAGACAGCCGCCGAAGAUGCUGCUGAAGGUGACGGUGCUGAGAAGCCUCGCGCCCGUGCAGGUGCUGAUGACGCCGGGAUCCACCGUCCGCGACCUGAUAGCGGCGGCGGUGCGGCAGUACGUGAAGGAAGGUCGCCGGCCAAUCUUGCCGUCCAGCGAAGUCUCCGAAUUCGACCUCCAUUAUUCGCAGUUUAGCCUAGAAAGUUUGGAUAGGAAGGAGAAGCUGCUAGAGCUUGGAUCUAGGAACUUUUUUCUAUGUCCGAGAAAGCCAGCUACAACAGUGGAAGAUGGCGUAACGACGUCGUUUGCGUCUUGUGCGAAAGAGGCAGAGAAAGAGAGGGAGGGAUAUGGUGGUGGUGGUGGUGGGUUUGCUUGGUUCAAACUCAUGCAGUUCAUGAUGUGAUUGGUUGGUUGAUUAGUCAUUAUUGUUAUUUUAUUUCAAUUGAAAUGUCUUUUUUAUUUGUCCCAGAAUGAAUGGCCGGUUACUUGUAAAAAAUAAUAGGUUGGCUUGGCAAUUAGGUACAGGGUUUGAGAUUUGUGUGUAAGCAAAGCAAAAUUGUAAAAUAGCAUGUAUGAUUUUUAAACACAUACAUGGUAAUGUUAAAGCUUUCAAUUGCAAAAUUGUAAAAAUUAUAUGUAUAAUCUUAUAGUUCCUUAAUUUGGUUCAUUUUCU